AUGGCUCCACUUCCCCCGGCUCGUCUUCAAGCGUUCGUACUACCGUUUACCUACGUUGGCGUAGAUUAUUUUGGGCCAGUUCUCGUCAAAGUUGGAAGAAGUCAGGUAAAACGUUGGGUGGCGGUGUUCACCUGCCAAACUGUUCGCGCUGUGCACAUUGAGGUAGUACACAACCUGUCCACCGAAUGGUGCAUCAUGUCAGUUCGUCGAUUCGUUGCACGACGAGGUCCCCCGGCCGAAAUCUACAGCGACAACGGCACGUGCUUUCAGGGUGCAAGCAAUGAUUUGGAGAAACAGCGAAACGCAAACGAAGCUUUAGCAUCGACCUUCACGAGUGCCCAGACCAAAUGGCUAUUCAUUCCCCCAGCCGCCCCUCACAUAGGAGGAGCCUGGGAGCGACUCGUAAAACCGAUGAAGGUUGCCAUAGGAGCGGUUGCGGAUGCUCCUCGAAAGCCGGACGACGAGACUCUGGAAACGAUACUGGUGGAAGCCGAGUUCAUCAUCAAUUCCAGACCUCUCACAUACAUCCCUCUCAAAUCGGCGGAUCAAGAAUCGCUCACACCCAACCACUUUCUGUUGGGCAACUCAAGCGGUUUGAAGAUUCUACCAUCUGAACCAACACUUCAGCGAGGGGCCCUACGGAGUAGCUGGAAACUGGCACAAUCAAUAUGUGACGAGUUCUGGAACAGAUGGAAGAAGGAGUAUGCACCGAUCAUCGCUCGUCGGACCAAAUGGUUCGCGGAGACGCGGGAGCUAAAAGAGGGUGAUCUAGCUUUGAACCUCGGUGGUACGGCUCGUAAUCAAUGGGUCCGUGCACGCGUAGAGCGGACGAUAUCAGGGAGAGACGGACGAGUGCGUCAGGCCCUAGUUCGCACCGCAUCAGGGAUAUUCAGAAGACCAGUAGUGAAACUAGCCCUACUGGACAUCGCGAAGAACAGUGAACCUGAAGGCGAUCAGGAUGGUGGCUCCAGAGAGGAACGUCAUCCAGGUUCACGGGUGGGGGGAUGUCACGAUGAUCACUUCAAUAUGAACGAUCGAUAA